AUGGCCUCGUGGCUGAUGCGGCUGAAAUACGUGACUCAGAAGUGCUCCCUCUACAGCUUCGUGAUCGUGCGCGUGAGUGCUGGUAUGAAAGCUGGCUUCGUGCUCGUGCGAGUGAGUGCUGCAGUGAGUGCUGCAGUGAGUGCUGCAGUGAGUGCUGCAGUGAGAGGUGGUGUGAGAGGUGGUGUGAGAGGUGGUGUGAGAGGUGGUGUGAGAGGUGGUGUGAGAGGUGGUGUGAGAGGUGGUGUGAGAGGUGGUGUGAGAGGUGGUGUGAGAGGUGGUGUGAGAGGUGGUGUGAGAGGUGGUGUGAGAGGUGGUGUGAGUGCUGCAACCCACAUGGAGCAGCAUCAAGGGGAGCUCCCUCCCAUCACCAAGCUUGUGAGGACUCUCAACAGGAUUGUGCAGCACGAGGCAUCAACUCACAUCGUACUGACCGCCGCCCUCUUGCCCCCACUUCCCAUGCCUGAUUCCCUUGCAGACCCAUAUGAAGCAGCAUCCAGGAGAGCUCCCCCCCAUUGGCAAGCUAGUGAGGACUUUGAACAAGAUCGUGCAGCACGAGAAAUCGUAUAUGACAUAUCUGCAGCCUUCUUUGUUACGAGACGAAUCCAUGAAGCCGACUAUAAGGGGGAUGAAGGACGAGUGGGUGCUCUACCGGUUUCUGUUGCUGCCCACUUGGGAUACCGUUUCCGUUGGAGACAUUGUGCCACCAACUCGUUAGUUGCGUUGCACCAGUGCUGCUGUUCCUGCAUGGGUGAUGAGUUCACAUGUUGCACUGCAUAUGCUGCUGUCGCUGCCAAGGCAGGUGGUGCUUGCACGUGCUCUGCAAAAGCAAGCGAUGCUUUGCAGGCCGCCUUGGCCCGAGCGUGGCGGGAGCCUGUGCAAACUCCGUGCUUGCCUUUAUUUCUGCCGUUUCUCUUGCUUAAAGCUCCUCCCCCUUCUCUCUGUCUGUAUCUCCUCUCUCCCAGGCGGCUGUAA